AUGAACGCCAACAGCUUCUGGGGUACCAUCGAUCAGCUUCUCGGCCGCGAAGCCCAGAAGCAGAGCGGCCAGGAUUCGCUGAAGGUUGCCGGUUGGCUGUCGGCGUACGCUGGAGUCCGGAAAAGCGGCGGGCAAGGGGACGACGCCAAUGGCUACGGUAACGACGGCUACAAUGGACUCUCCGGACGGACUUCUAGCUUGCCGUCGAUUUUUCCAUCCGGCAAUCAGCUUCUGCCCACCGACCAGGACGGCUUCAGCGGGGACCCUCGGGACGGACAGCUGGGGACGGGAGGGGCAGCGGACGACGGUGGCCACCACGGUGGAGCCCGGAAGAAAGUCCGCUUCCGAAAGUCCAAGCUCCGCCAGCUGUACGACGUGGAGGUGCUACCGGUCGAGUACAUGGGACCAAAGAUCGAGUACAGCGUGAACUUACCCCGUGUGACCGCACAAUUGGAGAAGUUGAUGGGAACGAAUGUGGUGCGGCUGACGGAUCGUAAAUAUAUGCAGGAGCUGCAGCGUCGCAUCCAGGAGGACUACAAUGUAACGCUCGAGAAGCGCAUCAGCGAACGGGAGCAUCGAGAAUGGCAACGCCAGAAGCAGCUGAUCCUGGACGGAAAGUAUAGCCUGGAAAACUGUCCCCGGGCUCUGAUUCCACUGCACAGCAUUGUGUUGGCGAAGGAAAUCGAGCGAGAAAGAAAUCUGAUCCUGUCUGGGGCUGGCGAUAGCAUACCGGAGGAGAUGACCAGCUCGGUGUUUCUCGUGAACCAGAAAACCAACGUCAACAUCCUGAACAAGCGGGAAAAGCUGAAAACGAUUCGCGAGAAAAACGCCGAACGGCUGAUCAAACAGGGCCACCGGUGGGAACGCGAGCGGUUGCAGAUGGAAGAGCAAAGCCGGGAGCGGGAGAUUGAACGGCGCACCAAGCGGGAAGCGCUGCUCGAGCAGGAAAAGCUGUACAUGAUCGAGGAGAACGACCGUUCGCUGAACCUGCUGCGCGUCAAGACGAAGAAGGGCCCGUGUAGGGACAUGAACCUCCGCUCGGUGCUGAUGCAGCAGCGUGAAGAGCUCGGCCGGUCGAUCCAACGGCGCGACUUCGACCUGAAGGACGACCCGAAGGUGGACGUCGACGGUGGCGGGGGUCUCGGGCGUACGGAUCGACGCCGGGGACGCCGGGGACACCGGAAGCAGCAUCAGAUGCAGCGGCAGCACGAGGUGAGCGAGUACCAGGAGUCAUCCUCGCCGGAGGAGGGUUACAUCUCGAUGGCGAACGCCGACUCACCCGACGGGCUGGAGACGUCGAUUGCGAUCAAGGUAGCGAAGGGUGCGAGCCGGGACUCGGGGGACGAAUCGGAGGGAGAGCAGGAGGACUCGGACAACGGAGGCGGCGCUAAUGAAGCGGAGAAGCAGACUCUUCAGCUUGUACCCGAACCCGUGGAAGCGGAAGACGAUGCCACCUCGGAGGGUGGAGACCCGGAGGAAAACCCCGAGCCCGAUCCCGAGCAACUCGAGGCGACUGAAGAGGAACUGGAAGCGGCGGAAGAGGCUCGAUUGCGCGAGGAACUCGACAAGAAGAAGAAAGCCCGCCAGGUGCGGAACGAAGACCCAAAAAUAACGAAACUAAAGGAAGCAGAUACCGUUGCCGAUAUUUACAACGUCGCCGAUGAAAUCAUCGUUCUGGAGAAAAAGAAAGCUAAGAAAGGAUUCGGCAAGUAGAAGUAACCGGAAAAUAAUUGAACAUCCCACCGAUCGUGGAGUUGCCGGAUGGAGGCAAGAGCCUAUGACUGUGAUCAGAGCGUUCAUCUUUGUUCGUGUGCGUGUUUGUGUACUUGUUGUCUUUUGUU